CGACACGAGGGCGGGUGUCACCUGUGCGUGCGCGCGAUUCAGAUCAGAUCAGACCAGCGGAGCACCGAGGAACAUCCGCGAGCCCGUGCUUCAGAUCCGCGUCUCCGUGCGUUUGACGUCAUGCUCCGGUAGGAUCUGGAUUAUUGAUGAGGAUGAAGAUGGAGGAUCUGCCGGACUUCAGAGACGUGGAGACCAAACUGGGUCGGAAAGUUCCGGAGAGUUUGAUUCGUGCAUUCACGGGCGAACCGUUCAGAGGCUCGGAAACCCGCGAGCGAACCGAUGAUCUACAGACGCUCCACAACAAAAUCAGCUUCCUGCGGCAACAGAUGGCUCAUCUGCGCGGCAUCGACGUCAAACUGAUGCAUCAGCUGCUGUCCAUCAACGAGGGCAUCGAGUCGAUCCGCUGGGUGCUGGAGGAGCGAGGGGGCGGGGCCAGCCACGAGGGCAGCGUGACGGACAGCUUGUGCAGCCUAUCAGACGGCGCGGAGUCUGAGCGCGGCUCCUGCAGCGACGGGCUGGACGGGAUCUCUCUGGGCAGUUAUCUGGACACGCUCGGGGAGGACGACCUCGAACGCUCCUCGCCCGCAGACCUCUCGGACGAGGAGACCUUCACCAAACCUCCUCAACGGCCUCGCGUGGAAACCGACGAGUACUACUGCUUCGGAUAACGCUAACGUGUGCCUGGAUAAAGACAUCCGACCCGCAUCCAAAUGGAAAGCAUACGCUCUUUACGAGUAGUUUUAGGAAAUCAUUAGAGUAGCUGAAGAUUUAGCUCACGCUUCUCGUUCUAAAGGGAACGGUGACGUUUCUUCAAGUCAACGAUGUUCGGGUUCGACUUAAAGUCGAUGUGCAGUAAGAAACAGUGACUUUCUAAAAACCAGACCCAUCCUUGAACCUGAUCGUAAACGGAGAUAAUCUGUUCAACCCUUUGUCUUAAAUGUUUGUGAGAAUCGUGCUCGAGUCGAUGGUUUGGUCCAUUUGCUGUGUUCACACUCACUCAAUCCGGUUUGAAAGCUGAAUUCAGUUUAGUGACGUUCUGGAGAUCCGCGCUCUCCAGGAGUAUCUCCAUCAACAGACUGAAAUUGAAUGUCUCUGCAGGUCUUACAAAGUCUUAAUUCACAUUUUCACAAACCAGGCUUUAAAAGGUCUUAAAUCAGAAAGCCUCUGAGUCGUGUAACUAAAUGUUGCAGGCACUGUGUUUUUGUCUGGUUUUCCAGCACAAACAUCUUUAAAUCUAGAUUCAUUUACUGGAGAUGAAUGAAGAUGAAGUCUUGGGGAGUGAAAACUUGUCUUCCCUGCGUCUGUCAGUCUGAAGCAGAGUGUGAACGCAGCCGUCGCUCGCUGACCAUCGGAUCGAUCCCUUCUCGCUCACAUGCUAAUGCUAACAUGGCUAACUCCUCACACGUUUACAUCGACGGCUCUCGGUGCUCUGCUAAUGUGUGAACUGACGGGUUGUGUGAAGUUUCCAGCGCUUUAGCGUUGAAGUGCAAUUCCUGCUCAUGCCAAAGCUAGUUAACGACUCUAACGCGUUUAACCGACGCUUCGGUCAGGUUUAAAUCUUCACGGCAAUAACGAGAUUGUUCUUACUUGAAUCUGUAACGUUUUCAAGUGAAUUGAGUAACUUUAUUUUAAUACCGAUAUGAUAUUUUGAGAACUGUAAUGUCACAGCAGGUUUUCAUCUCUGCGACGUCUAUUUGACGUCUGCAUUACAUCUGCAAGACGUGUUUUUUAGAGAGUUUGCUCAUCUGUAACACGUCUAUAGGACGUUUCCUAUCAGAUGUCAAAUAGACAUUUAGAAGAUGUGUAACUGACAUCUUAAAGACAUCUGUGAGCUGUUUGUACACAGCAGAUGCUUUCCAGAUCUUUAACAGACCUCUUGCAGACGUACCUGUGCUGUUUUGUUGUUUUGUGUUGGUGAUGAAAUGAUGUGUUUGUGACGGUGGUUAUUUGUGCUGCUAUUUCAUUUGGUUUUUGUGUGUGUUUGUUUGAUUGAAAACUCCUAAUUUAUUGUUCAUUUUCAACUUUAUUUUUGGGGAAAUGUCAAUACAUUGUGACUUAUUUUGUC